AUGACUAGUUCUAGUGUUAUUUAUUUGCUAAAACAUUUAAAGGAUAAGUAUGAAUUAGAAUAUGAUAAACUUGCCGAAUACGCUAUUUUAUGGUUAAGUUAUAAACUAAAUAAAAAGGAAAAAAAUAAAUUGACCGAUUUAAACGAAUUUUAUACUGAAUAUAUAGAAACAAAUAAUUAUUAUAAUAAUAAAAUAAAAGGUGAGGAUAGUCCAACUUAUAAGGAAAUUAUAAAUAAAAAAAAAGAUUUGAUGAAUAUUAAAGAAAUAUCUAAAUUUAAUGCCCCAUUUUAUAUAUUAUUUUAUUUGUAUUAUGCAAUUCAUGAUGAAUUUUGGCUGGACUCAGUAUAUUUGGAAAUGGCUAAAAAUUUUGUUAAUCAAUUUAAAGAACUCAGCAAUGAUUCUAAUAAUAUAGAAUACAGUUCAUAUAAUAAGUUGUUAUCUACAUUAUCAAAUGAUUAUGAUAAUUUAAAAAAUAUAUGUAAUCAUGGUAGAUGUACCAAUUUUCCAUCUCUUCCAAAAAUCGAACCUAAAAAAAAAUCUGAACAAGUAUUGGCGCAGAUUUCUGAACCUACAUCAUCAAGCUCGUCGAUAUUAAACACAGUAAUUCCAGGUUUAUCGACAUUUUCUGUAAUACCAGUUUUCUUGGGAGUUGCUUAUAAGUAUUCAUUAUUUGGAAUUGAUAAACUAUUUCAAAGACAAUAUUUAAGAAAAAAUUUAAAAAAAAUAAAGAAGAAAAUGAAGCUUAAUAUAUGA